CGCCCCCCAUGCGCUGCUCGCCCCCCGACGCCCACUAGCCGCUGCGCCCGUCCAUGGCGCGGCCCGUGGCGCUGCUCUGCUGCUCCGCGGCGCUGCUGGCGGCGUGGUGGGGCGCAGCCGGCGCCAGCCCGCGCUCAAGCCCCGCCGGCGCCCCCCUGCAGGACGAGGCGGAGAACCAGGAGAACAUCCUCUCGCAGUUGCUAGGUGACUAUGACAAGGUGAAAGCAGUGUCAGAAGGCCAAAAUUGCCAGUGCAAGUGUGUGGUGAGACCUCUGGGCAGAGGUGCCUGCCAGAGGAUUAACGAAGGAGCGUCCAAACCAGAGGAUUUUUACAUGGUGGAAACAAUCACUUCAGGACCAGAAUGCAAGUGUUCAUGUGUGGCUCCACCGUCUGCUUUGAACCCCUGUGAGGGAGACUUCAGGCUGAAGAAGCUGCAAGAAGCAGACAGCAAAGACUUCAAGCUAGCAGCUGUCAUUGAGAUGCUAGAAGGCGCUUUCUAUGGCUUAGACUUGCUAAAGCUGCACUCCGUCACAACGAAGCUGGUGGGUCGAGUGGAGAAACUGGAAGAGGAAGUGUCUCGAAACGUCACCAAGGAGAGCAAGCAAAAGAGGCAGAAUGAGGAUGAGAGUUUGCAGGAGAUAGAUUUUGAAGACAAGAUGAAUUCUUCCAGCAGCAUCUCCAACAACCUUGCUGACAUCCAGAGUUCAUUACAGAGGGAUGCUGCAGCAGCCUACACCCUCACUGAGGAAAAAUACGACGAAGUUUUCCUGCAUGACGAAAUGGCUGCUGAGCAAAUCAGCUCUGCCGAGUCCUUGCGCUAUGCGCCCCCAGGUCCGGGAGCCACGAAUUCAAAGUCAACUUUGCCGAGAAAACUCCACGUGAGGAGCCGGGCUCCAUCCCGGCCGACCAUCAUCCGAGGUGUCACAUACUACAAGGCCAAAGACGCUGAGACAGAAAACGACCUGGAGGAACCAGAAGAUGAGCCUUUUAGCGGUGACCCCAUUGAUUUGCUGAUUGAAGACCAACUUUUGCAACACAACUACUUGCCACAUAUUCCCACGAGAAAGCCACCACCCAUGGAAGGGCUGCUUCUGCCUCAGAGCAGUGGACCCAUGGAAGGGCAUGCCACAAAUUCCACAUCUAAUGGAAAAGAAGCCCUUGUGCCUACGACCCCAGCAACGAAGCCACCGCUGCCCUCUGCCCCCAGGCCUCCUUCUGUUGAGCCAACACCAGUGUCUACCUCAUCAGUCCCCCCUACUGCCAACAGCCAUUCUUCAAUGUCUCUGGAGACCACAACAGCUGCUGAAGAUUCCUCCAUCACUGGAUCAGUGGGCGAGGGUGUCGCAUGGACGAUGAAAGUAGUGGCUCAUGCUGCCACGACCACUGUCAUGCAGAAUGCAACUACCACAGUGCCGCCAGUCAUCAGCGUGUCCACAACCAAUUUCCAAGCACAGGCAACAGCUGAGCCUAGUUCCGCUGCCACAGCCAAGGCCGUUCCUUCCCCAGCCCCUGCCAGCUCUGGCCUCACAGUCACGCCCAAACAUGGCCUUGAUGAGGAAGAUAUCCGAAACAGCAUUGGCCAAUGCAAGGACACCUUGUCUACCAUCUCUGGGCCUAUGGUCCAGAACACUUAUGGACGGAAUGAAGGUGCUUGGAUGAAGGACCCAGUUGCCAAGGAUGAGCGAAUCUACGUUACCAACUAUUACUAUGGCAACACCCUGGUGGAGUUCCGGAAUCUGGACAGCUUCAAACAAGGACGCUGGAGUAACUCCUACAAGCUGCCGUAUAGUUGGAUGGGGACGGGCCAUGCGGUCUUUAAUGGUUCUCUCUACUACAACCGGGCUUUUACCCGCAACCUCAUCAAGUACGACCUGAAGCAGCGCUAUGUGGCUGCCUGGGCCAUGUUGCAUGACGUUGCCUAUGAGGAGGAGACGCCUUGGCGUUGGCGUGGCCAUUCUGACGUGGAUUUUGCUGUGGAUGAGAAUGGCCUGUGGAUCAUUUACCCUGCUAUUAGUUAUGACGGUUUCCACCAGGAGGUGAUUGUCCUCAGCAAGCUGAAUGCCAAUGAUCUGAGCACACGGAAGGAGACCACCUGGCGGACGGGCCUGCGCAAGAACUUCUACGGCAACUCCUUUGUCAUCUGUGGGGUCCUCUAUGCCGUGGACAGCUACAACAAGAAGAAUGCCAACAUCUCCUAUGCGUUUGACACGCACACCAACACCCAAAUCAUCCCACGCCUGCUCUUUGAGAACGAGUACUCCUACACGACUCAGAUAGACUACAAUCCCAAGGACCGGCUUCUUUACGCUUGGGACAAUGGCCACCAGGUCACUUACAACGUCAUCUUUGCAUACUGAGGAUACCAUGGGGUAAUGUUAAUGGGCCACUAGCACCUUUUUUAUAAAUAUUUUUUUAUUGUACAAAUCAGAGUAAAUGUGGUUGUUGUUUUUACCUUUUUAAAAAUAAUAAUAAUAAGUGGAUUGUAGAUCAGUCCACGUGCCAAAGUCAACCCUUUUAUUUUGGGCAUAACCUUGCUUUUGUUUUUAUACUGAAUAUGCUGCCUCUCAUGAGGCAUUGGAAAAUAUUCUUCAUUAGCACUUGCCAAGCGCAGACUCUCAAAGGAAGAAAAGCAUCCCUUUGCCUUAUUAUUGUAAUGCAAGACACGCUUUGGAUGAGAAAACAAAAAAAAGUUAUCAUUUUUAUAAUAAAAUAUCAGUGUUAAAACUCAGU